CCCCCCGCGCUCCUCACCGCUUCACGCAGAGCGCGCGAACGAACCCACGUCUCUCACACAAACGGCUGCUAACGUUAGCCGUUAGCUCCGUGUCGUUCACUGUGUGCCUUUAAACAGCACCGGGGGGCUCUGCUGGUGCACAAGGAGAGAGAAAGGAGGAGGAUCUGAGAUAAGGGUUUGCGUCUCAAAAUCAUCCUCGAUUCUCCGCGGACUAUCAGCGACUCAUGUCUGCAAUGGCGGACAAGGAAGCAGGAGCAUUUGACGAUGCGGUCGAGGAGAGGGUGAUAAACGAGGAGUACAAGAUCUGGAAGAAAAACACUCCCUUCCUGUACGACUUGGUUAUGACCCACGCUUUGGAGUGGCCCAGCCUUACUGCUCAGUGGCUGCCCGACGUCUCCAGGCCAGAGGGGAAGGAUUACAGUGUGCACCGACUGGUGUUGGGCACGCACACGUCCGAUGAGCAGAAUCACCUGGUCAUUGCCAGCGUUCAGUUGCCCAACGAUGAUGCCCAGUUUGAAGCCUCGCACUAUGACAGCGAAAAAGGAGAGUUUGGAGGCUUCGGCUCAGUGAGUGGCAAGAUCGAGAUAGAAAUCAAGAUCAACCAUGAAGGAGAGGUGAACCGUGCUCGCUACAUGCCCCAGAACCCCUGCAUCAUCGCCACCAAGACCCCCACCUCAGAAGUGCUGGUGUUUGACUACACCAAGCACCCCUCCAAGCCAGUCGACGCGUCUGGAGAGUGUCACCCUGACCUGCGACUCAGAGGCCAUCAGAAAGAAGGCUACGGUCUCUCCUGGAAUCCAAAUCUGUCCGGCUCUCUCCUCAGUGCGUCAGAUGACCAUACAAUCUGUCUGUGGGACAUAAGUGCUGUGCCAAAGGAGGGGAAGAUAGUAGAGGCGAAGACGAUCUUCACCGGUCACACUGCCGUGGUGGAAGACGUCUCCUGGCACCUGCUUCACGAGUCGCUGUUUGGAUCCGUAGCCGAUGACCAGAAGCUCAUGAUUUGGGACACUCGUUCGAACAACACCUCCAAACCCAGCCACGCAGUCGACGCCCACACGGCAGAGGUCAACUGUUUGUCAUUCAACCCUUACAGCGAGUUCAUCCUUGCAUCCGGCUCCGCGGACAAGACUGUGGCUCUUUGGGACUUAAGAAACUUGAAACUGAAGCUGCAUUCCUUCGAGUCACACAAGGAUGAGAUCUUCCAGGUUCAGUGGUCACCUCAUAAUGAGACCAUACUGGCAUCCAGUGGAACAGACCGCCGCCUCAAUGUCUGGGACCUCAGUAAAAUCGGAGAGGAGCAGUCACCGGAAGAUGCGGAGGACGGCCCCCCUGAGCUUCUGUUUAUCCACGGAGGACACACCGCUAAGAUCUCUGACUUCUCCUGGAACCCCAACGAGCCCUGGGUCAUCUGCUCGGUGUCUGAAGACAACAUUAUGCAAGUCUGGCAAAUGGCUGAGAACAUCUACAACGACGAAGACCCCGAGGGUUCGACAGACCCCGAGGCCACAGUGUAACUCUUUCCCGCUGCGCGUCUUAACCGACGGCCUUCUGUACUUCCACGCAGCUACUUCCUCCCACCUUCCUUUCUCGACUUCACCGUGGGACACCGUAUGCUGUAAAUCACUGUAAAUACAAGAGAAUAAUCACGUAAGCCGUUUAAAAAAAAAAAAAUACUCACAGUGAAGAGCUCUCCUUUUUGACUGAGUAACUUAUUGCCCUGAAGAAUCUCACUCAUGUUUUUUCGCACCGCGUAUAAAAUAUAUAUUUUUGUAAUCAAAUUGGCUCUCCCUCGUACACGGACAUGUUUUAGCGAAUGCCUUUUUUUCAAUAAUAAAUUAAAUGUUUUUUAAAAAUUUUAUUAUUACAAUUUUUUUUUUUAAACCUAUGAUUGUGAUCGUAAGUCCACAACAAGUGGUAGAUCAGAAUGACGGCUCCCUCUGGACAUGUUGCAGUGGAAGAAAACAACAAUCAUGUUUUAAGUCAAAUGCAGUGCAUCUUUUUGCCGAGAUGCUCAGUGACAGUUACUCUGACUUUGUUUGCAGGCCGGCUUAUGGUCUUAAUUAUUUCCCAUUCAAUCUGCGCCGGACUGAAAUGACUAUAAAUAGAUGAAGAAGAGGAAAAAAAAGUUUUAAAUGUCUAUUUGUGGUCCCCUCAUCCUCGUGCUACAUUAAUCAUUUGUCGUGAUAUAGAUUUAGUGGUUGAACUUUUUUUCUAUAUUCAAUAUUUUGUAAUUGUACAGUGAGUGCAUUCUUAAUAAAAAAAAAAGUGUUUCAAUGGUC